ACAUUCAAGAUGGACGCUUUGUAAUCGUGUGAGGCACGUUUAUUGAGUGUUUUGAAUAUAUUUUAUUUAUUUAAUCAUUUGAAACGUGUAGUAUUACCACAAAAUAAUGACAGAGGAAGUGCAAAAACAUUCCGUACACACACUUGUGUUUCGGUCUCUAAAGAGAACACAUGACAUGUUUAUUGCUGAUCAAGGGAACACACCAGCCAAAGACCCAAAAUGUGAACUACUGAAGAGGAAAUUAAAAGUAGCAGACGAAUAUGCUCUCGUAAAAGACAUGCCAAAGGAAGGAGGCAACAAGAUGCAUAACAAAGAUGUGAUCAAACCUCUUGAUGAAAACAGCUGGAAUGGUAGCCAGGAUCCCAGCAUUCUAGGGACACAUCCUUACCCCACGGGUUCAGGAGUACAGCUAACAGAUGGGUCAUCCAUGCACACAGAUCCUAGCAAGUCCUCAAGUAUGGAAAUGGCCUUGUAUGAGAAAAACAGGAUGAUGGACACACCGGCAGGAUCAGGAGUCCACGACAUCAGACAGAGCCAUAUAGACCGGUCAGAUCCCUCCAAGGCAUUAGUUGCUAUAGGAAACCAGCAAGCCUUGGUGCCGAGAAAGGCGCCUACCAUGCCGAAGCCCUCGUGGCAUCCUCCGUGGAAGUUAUACAGGGUGAUCAGUGGCCAUUUGGGCUGGGUGCGAUGUGUGGCAGUAGAGCCAGGAAAUCAGUGGUUUGCCACGGGCGCUGGCGACCGAAUGAUAAAGAUCUGGGACCUAGCCAGUGGGACCCUGAAGUUAUCCCUGACCGGCCACAUCAGUUCUGUGAGGGGCCUGUGUGUCAGCCCCAGACAGCCAUACCUUUUCUCCUGCUCCGAGGACAAACAGGUCCGCUGCUGGGACCUGGAAUACAAUAAGACGACGCGGCACUACCACGGUCACCUGAGUGCAGUAUAUGCACUGGACCUCCACCCAACCAUUGAUGUAUUGGUAACAUGUGGGCGCGACGGUACUGCCCGUGUGUGGGACGUCCGGAGUAAGGCGUGUGUACACACCCUCACCGGUCACAACAACACAGUGGCCAGUGUCAAGUGUCAGGCCUCAGAACCUCAGGUUAUAACAGGUAGCCACGAUUGUACAAUCAGACUUUGGGACCUGGCCAUGGGUCGGUCAAGAGCCACGCUGACUAAUCACAAAAAGAGUGUGCGAGCAGUUGCCCUUCAUCCUACUCAGUACAGUUUUGCAUCCGGAUCUCCAGAUAACAUUAAACAGUGGAAGUUCCCGGAUGGUAACUUUAUACAGAAUCUGUCUGGACAUAAUUCCAUCAUUAAUGCCCUGGCGUUAAACUCUGAUGGUGUGCUGGUUUCUGGAGCUGACAAUGGUUCCAUGCAUUUCUGGGACUGGAGGACGGGGUACAACUUCCAGCGAAUCCAAGCAGCAGCACAACCUGGUUCCAUUGACUCGGAGUCGGGGAUAUUUGCGAUGACCUACGACCAGAGUGGCAGUCGACUCAUCACAGCUGAGGCCGACAAAACUAUCAAAAUAUACAAAGAAGAUGAAACAGCUACGGAAGAAUCUCAUCCUCUUAACUGGCGACCUGACAUCCAGAGGAAGAAGCGAUACUGAGCUCAGAAUUGUUAACCAAAGACUAAGUACCGGUAAUGUGCCAUGCCAGAGAUGGACUUGUGUGUUUCUGACAAUUCAGUAUCGGAUGGCCAUAGAUAACUAGGCUAAGCUGUGGAUUGUUGACCAGCCUGCCUAUGGACAAAUCUAGGACAGGUCAAGGUUGACAGUGCACAAAGUGUGGAUGGAUCACAUUCGCUCAAUCAUGAUUGGAUCUAGACUGUUGUUUAGAUUUGUGUCAAAUUCAGACUUGUAUGUUUGAUUCUUGGCAAUAGUAGACCAGACUAUUGUCAAAUUCAGACUUAUAUGAUCAAAUCUGGCUUUUUUGUAAAAAAUCUUGACAUGCAAAAUAGAUAAUCUAAAUGUGAAAUUGGUGUGCCAAUGGUCUUGAAAAAAUUCUUACUACACCUGUUCUUUGAUGAUAUAUCUGUUUUGUCUUUAAUGAAACUACAAAGUUUUCACCUUGUGACGUAGUUGAUUUUGGCAAUAAAAAUCUAAAUUGAAACAUAAUUGAGCAGGAAUUUUGUCAACCCUUUUGAAGUAGGGAGUACACACAGCAAACAGGUCUGUAAGGAUAUGUAGGGAGUAUACACACAGCACACAGGUCUCUAAGGAUAUGUAGGGAGUUUACACACAGCACACAGGUCUCUAAGGAUAUGUAGGGAGUACACACAGGUCUGUAAGGAUAUGUAGGGAGUAUACACACAGCACACAGGUCUCUAAGGAUAUGUAGGGAGUACACACAGAACACAGGUCUGUAAGGAUAUGUAGGGAGUACACACAGGUCUGUAGGGAUAUGUAGGGAGUAUACACACAGCACACAGGUCUGUAAGGAUAUGUAGGGAGUACACACAGAACACAGGUCUGUAAGGAUAUGUAGGGAGUACACACAGGUCUGUAAGGAUAUGUAGGGAGUAUACACACAGCACACAGGUCUGUAAGGAUAUGUAGGGAGUACACACAGAACACAGGUCUGUAAGGAUAUGUAGGGAGUACACACAGGUCUGUAAGGAUAUGUAGGGAGUAUACACACAGCACACAGGUCUGUAAGGAUAUGUAGGGAGUACACACAGAACACAGGUCUGUAAGGAUAUGUAGGGAGUACACACAGGUCUGUAAGGAUAUGUAGGGAGUAUACACACAGCACACAGGUCUGUAAGGAUAUGUAGGGAGUACACACAGAACACAGGUCUGUAAGGAUAUGUAGGGAGUACACACAGCACACAGGUCUGUAAGGAUAUGUAGGGAGUACACACAGCACACAGGUCUGUAAGGAUAUGUAGGGAGUACACACAGCACACAGGUCUGUAAGGAUAUGUAGGGAGUACACACAGCACACAGGUCUGUAAGGAUAUGUAGGGAGUACACACAUCACACAGGUCUGUAAGGAUGUGUAGGGAGUACACACAGCACACAGGUCUGUAAGGAUAAGUAGGGAGUACACACAGCACACAUGUCUGUAAGGAUAUGUAGGGAGUACACACAGAACACAUGUCUGUAAGGAUAUAUAGGGAGUACACACAGGUCUGUAAGGAUAAGUAGGGAGUACAUACAGAACACAGGUCUGUUAGGAUGUGUAGGGAGUACACACAGCACACAGGUCUGUUAGGAUAUGUAGGGAGUACACACAGCACACAGGUCUCUAAGGAUAUGUAGGGAGUACACACAGCACACAUGUCUGUUAGGAUGUGUAGGGAGUACACACAGCACACAGGUCUGUAAGGAUAAGUAGGGAGUACACAGCACACAGGUCUGUUAGGAUAUGUAGGGAGUGCACACAGGUCUGUAAGGAUAUGUAGGGAGUACACACAGCACACAGAUCUGUAAGGAUAUGUAGGGAGUACACACAGCACACAGGUCUGUAAGGAUAUGCAUCAUGUCUGGGGUUCUCUACAUU